AUGGCACCACGAAGGGCGCAAAACUACGAUGACUACGGCUCUGCGGUUCAGCAAAUUAUUCUGUCCGGAUCCGACGCUGACUUUCUCGAUCAUUUGAUCCCAGUUCUCAAAGAUGCCACGGCCACCAAGCGGGCUACCAUGCUCACACAGAACCUGUCCCAAUACGCAGAAGAUCGAGAGGUCGAGAUCGAGAGGAUAGGAUUGACGAAACAUGAGGAAUUUCUGGGAUCAGUCAAUCAACUUCAACAUGUCAGGGAAGGGACGGUUGCUUUGACGACCGAGAUCUUGAAGCUCAAUCAAUCCAUACAGGCCAGCACCGAGAAGCUCGCAGAGCAGAAGCAGGCACUAGUGAACACGAGAGCCGUUCGCGAAAACAUAUCAGACGUCUCGGAUGCCCUGAAGGAGUCGCUCAAGAUAUUGCAUGCAGUGAACAAUGCCCACGAGCUGAUCCGGAGGAAGAAGUAUUACGGCGCCUUAAAGUCGCUGGACGACAUGCAGAACGAGUUCCUGAUUCCGACGUUACAGAACAAGUAUGCGACUCAGCAUAAACUGGCCGACCUCAUCCAGAAGUCAAUACCCUCGUCGCAGAAGACCAUCUCCGAGGCAGUCAUGUCAGAUCUUAAUACCUGGCUCUUCCGGAUUAGAGAGACGUCUCAAUUUCUAGGCGAAGUUGCCUUUUACCACACCGAAAUGCGCCGGGCAAAACAAAGAGAGCGGGUUGAGAAGGACGAAUUUCUGAAUCAUUUCAAGCUCAACUCGGCAAUUGAACUAGUCUUUGACGAGAAGGAAGAGUUUGAUGUGCUUGACAACGAAGAGGUCCAGGUAGACUUCACACCACUUUUCGAAGCGCUACAUAUCCAUGAUGCCCUCGGACAAACUGAAAAGUUCCGUAAUGAUUAUGCUGCCACCCGAAGACAACAAAAGGAGCUCCUGAUUCCGACCAUGGUCAGCCUCACGACUGACGAUGAUACAUCCUUGAGUAGUCUUCUCGAAGGUAUCGCUGGGUUUGCCAUAAUCGAGAAAGCCACAAUGAGGAGGGCCCCCCAGCUCCGUUCUUCUGUUGACGUUGAGGAAUUGUGGGACUCCAUGUGCUCUGCUGCUAUCUCUUUGACAACCAAGGCCCUAGGCGAAGUCAGCAAUGCUGAAAUAUUGCUGAAAAUAAAAGGGGUGAUUGCACUGUUCAUCCAGACUAUGGAGGGAUGGGGAUACUCAGUUUCAAGACUCGACGAGUUCUUGGUCGAAUUGUUUGAUAAAUACGCUGAGCUUCUCAAGCGAAGAUUCAGCGAAGAUUUCCAGGAGAUAGUCUCGACUGACGAUUACAUGCCCAUGGCCAUCAACUCCAAGGAAGAGUACGAGAAGGUGGUCAACGUCAGUUGGUUCUCACAGGACAUGGACAUCAACGAGCUCAAGUUCCCUUGCGUGCUGCCGUUCUCCCAGAUGUAUCCACUAUGUUGCAUCGACAUCCGCAACUUCCUCAACCAGUUUUACUUCUUUUCUGAUGACCACUUUCAACAUCCGACCAAGAUUGACGAGACUCUGCGGAAAUCCCUCGACGAACUGUUGACAGAGAAAGUCUGCAAAUCUCUGGUCGAAAGAUUGAGCUCCCAGUAUCUGGGUCAAAUAGUACAGAUCCUGAUCAAUCUGGAACACUUCGAGACGGCAUGCCAAGAACUCGAACAACUGCUGAUCCGCGCACGUUCAUCUUCCUCUGCAGGCGGGCUUCUGACCCUCGCAGCCACCGAACAAUUCCGGGAGAACAAGAAAACAGCUGAAAAGCGCAUCUUCGAGCUAGUCAACUCCAAGAUUGACGACCUAGUCGAGACGGCCGAGUACGACUGGACGGCCUACAACACGCCCUCUGAGCCAAGCAACUACAUGCAGACCCUCACCCGCUACCUCUCUAACAUCAUGAACUCGACGCUGCUGGGCCUGCCCCGCGAGAUCAAAGAGCUCAUAUACUUCGACGCGCUAUCCCAUGCCGCCAACAAAGUGCUCGCCCUGCCUCUGUCCAAUGACGUCAAGAAGAUCAACCCAAAUGGCGUUUCGGCCUUAGCCAAAGAUGUGCAGCACUUAACGGACUUUGUCGACGGGCUCGAGAAUGGAUUCAUGCUCAGAAGCAAUCUGGAUGAGCUGGAGCAAACGAUACAGCUUUUGCAGAGCGAAAAUACGGACGAGUUCUUCGAUAUUUCGACCAGGAACAAGAAGUAUGGCCGGGUGCAUGCUAUGAAUGGGCCCAUCCUCUUGGAAAAGUACGUUACCCUAUAA